GCCCCACGUUGAGUUCGAGUUCCACUGCUAUGAAUCAAUCUGCUGCCUCCGCUCAUAUGUCGGGGCUACUUCUUGGCAUCCCACACAUGGGAGCCCAUGGUUUAAUUGCUGGUGCAGCUCCCGUGGUUAUUCCGACUGCGACAAUGUCAGCCGAAGCUGUUGGAGUCCCGAACAACACAAUUUAUAUUAACAACUUAAACGAGAAGAUCAAACGUGAUGAACUGAAAAAGUCUCUGUAUGCUGUAUUCGUACAGUUCGGUCAAAUUCUUGAUAUAAUCACUUCACGGACGCUUAAAAUGCGGGGACAGGCCUUCGUCGUUUUCGAUGACGUAAACAACUCGACCACCGCACUUCGUGCUAUGCAAGGCUUCCCGCUAUACGAGAAACCAAUGCGCAUCCAGUUUGCUAAAGUAGACUCCGACCUUAUAGCCAAACGCAAGGGAUGUUUUGUGCCACGACCAAAGGCAGCACGCAAGGCCGCUGCUGCCCAAGCUGCGGCGGAAGCAGCAGCUGCGGCUGCUGCAUUCGAAGCUGGAGGAACUCAUGGAGGCACAAGUGCCCGAGCCAUUCGUCGAAGGCAGCAACGCGCAGCCGCUGCUGCCAUGGCUGCUGCUGGAGACGCCGGUGCUGCCAUACCACCUCCGGCGAACAUAGAAAGCAUUGUUCGCUCAACUCCUGUGGCUCCACCGCAGCCUGCACCGAUCAACCCAGCUUUGAUUCCGGAUCAACCACCCAAUAAAAUCCUGUUCCUCACUAACCUGCCUGAAGAUUCCGAUGAAGCGAUGCUCAGUAUGCUGUUCAAUCAAUUCACAGGCUAUCGUGAAGUUCGCAUGGUUCCCGGUCGGCAUGACAUCGCUUUUGUCGAAUUUGGCAAUGAGAUUGAGGCUGGAGCCGCCAAACAUGGUUUGCAAGGAUUUAACAUUCGUCCUGGGCGUCCCGUCCGAAUCACAUUCGCCAAAAAAUAAGUAUUUCGCGAUGACUACUGUACUGUCUGUUCUUAUAAAAACGGUUUUCACACAAGCA